ACAUUCACUGGGGGACGACAAGAGGACGACGCUCUCGGCUCACAGCACCACUCACCACCUACUCUCUUUUUGUCAGCUCCUACCGGCGCCGGAUCGACGGAUCUUUUAGGAUCACGUCUUCUGUGAUCUGGCUCAUCGAACAUGCAGCAGUCAUAUAACCCGCAAAAUAGUCUGACAGCAACCACAUCCUACUCGGAGCAAGAAAUUGUGUGUAUUUGUGAGUCCUUAUUCAACGAGGGACUUCAGACAGGACGGACUGAGCAAUUGGCCAAUUUCAUCUACAACCUUCCACAAUGCUACCAAGUAAUGGAAUCAGUUUUAAAAGCACAAGCUCUUGUGUAUUUUACAACACAAAACUGGAAGAUGCUCUACAAGUUACUGGAAUGCAGCAAGUUUUCCCCACAUAAUCACACAGUUCUACAAAAUUUGUGGCUUGAUGCACAUUAUAAAGAGGCUGCGAAAACAAAGGAUCGGGAGCUAGGAGCGGUUUGCAAAUACCGGAUCCGAAAGAAGAACCCAUUUCCAAACACAAUUUGGGAUGGAGAAGAGACAAAUUAUUGCUUUAAGUCGAAAUCUCGAAAUGUUCUUCGGGAUGCUUACAAGAAAUGCCAGUACCCAUCAGUAGAAGAUAAAAGACGAUUAGCUCAACAAACUGAAUUAUCAAUUAUUCAAGUGUCCAACUGGUUCAAAAACAAGAGGCAACGUGAGAGGGCAGCUGGUCAACUCGAUAGAAGCUCCGCCAGAUCCAACGACAGUGACGAUGGAUCAUCUGGCUGUGAAUCAAAACCUCCGAUGAAUAUUGACAGCCCUGCGCCUCCGCCAUUACCAACUUCAUUUGAUCUACAACCCUAUUAUCCAUCACCUUACACAUUUGCUCCACAUUGUGACUUUUCAUACAUUCAGAAUUUGUGAUGACUGCUUUUCCCCCUCAAGACCAUUAGAAUAACUUUUAACUAUAUUUUUGACAUACCUUCCCUGCCAUUUCAAGUACUCUAACUCAUCGGUUCUUCCAAACUUCAGUUUUCUCCCAAAGACAGUAUUUUUUGAUAUUCAUAAUACAAAAUAUCUUUAAUCAAUAAAUUAUAUUUUUUUUUACAACAAAAUGAAAAA